CACCCAGAAGGAGAAAGAAGAAAUUCAAACUUCGAGCUCCUUCGACUGCGGCCGCUCGCUCCUUUUUUUGGCUCCCAGUCAGACACAAGUGCUUUAAACGCGCACUAUGGAUCCGAAUUUACACCAACAUUUCGAAGUGAACACGCUGAACUUUAAGAGGUCUCUGGAUAGAAUCGCCGAAAAGUAUUCAAAAUUGAAGGAUGACGAUGACGUGCCAGACGUGGACAUCUCCAUAAUAUCGACGAAAUCUCUUUCCAGCCAAUUAACAAAGUCCAGACGCAGAAUCAUGAAGUUGGGGUUAAUGAGCCAGUCAGAUAUAGAAGAUCAAACCCUAAGCUCACACGUUUCAGACCACUCCCAGUUAACUUGGCAGAGUAAAGAUGAUGACAGCAGUGCCUCCAGCGGUGAAUGUUCUAAGGACUAUAGCGCAGAGAAGACGCAGGAGUCACUGGAUGAAAGCGGGAGGGAGCUGUCGGAGAGCGAGCUCCUUCCAGAGGACCAGGACGAAGCUCUGCAGAUGUCUCUGAGCAGCCAGAGCGGCUCCCUGGCGGAGCUCUACCCCAUGAUGGUUAGUCGGAUACAGAGAGCCUGGAACCGGCAGACCGUCUCUGUGGGCGCCAGCUCUGUGCUGCGGAGGUACCGCAGAUGGAGGCAGCAGCCUAAGGGGAACCUCAACAAGACGUUUAACAUCACGGCGUCUGCCGAGCGCCCAGAACCGCUGACCGGUAAGAGGCCUCUCCAGGAGGGCUCCGGCAGUCCUGGGAGGAGGAUGUGGCCCCAGAUGACGGCUCAUCCCGCCCCGUCCACAGUGGCCGUUCUGCAUGACGGAGAGCAUCAGUCUCCUGGCAGAGAGAGGGGAUUGCUGAGCGGACAGACCCCGCGUCUCAUCAGCGCACCGGACCUCUCCGGCGCCGCCAAACCCAAAGAGAGAUCGUUUAUGGAGACCUUCUUUGGGUGCGAGCUGUCCCCCCGUAAACAAACCCAGAUUGGAGAGCAGGGCGCCGCCAGUCCUUCACGGCGUCCCUACGCCGCUGCUAAAUGGUGCGUGGAUCCGCCCCUCAGGUUUAAGAGGCAUUCUGUCUCCUCUCACUCAGCAGAGGCCUCAUCCUGCACAGCAGAGACUGCCUCUGGGCCCCAGAGCUCCCGUAUCUACAGCUCCCCGGUCAGGCAGAGUCCUCUCAAGGCUAGGAAGGUGAGCGCCCUCUGCAGGUCUCCUCUUGCGUUUACCGUAAGCCCAAGAGAACCUGAUUGGGAGAGUUCAAGAGAGCCGACGUACCCGAGAUCUCUACCCGUCGUCGUGUCCUCUCCUCCGAAGAGGCCCGUCGGUCUGCUGAAGAUGAUGCUUCACCCCCAGGACUCCAGCCAGCCCCCCCGGCCACUGCCCCUGUCGCCUCUGCAGACCCGCGCUGCAGAUAACCAUCGCAGGCCAAGGCGGAACCUCUCCUUCGACUCCUCUUCGUCACGCCCCGUCUCCCUCUCCCCCAACAAGGUCGACGAGGAUUUCGAAAAGCUUUACCACAAGUUCGUGUGCCAGAGUAAACCCGUCGACUUCAGCGGCCUUCCUUCGCCGCGCGGAAGAAGCUCUGAGGCCAGACGGGUCCUCCUCUCCACGUCCUUGUCGGCGCUCGCCUUGUCGCCCCACCGCUCCAUCCUGAGGAAGCGCCACUGCGAGGACAGGUGCGACGGCUGCCCACAGCCCAAGCUGUUCAGGAAGGAAAACUAUCCCUACUCGCCGGGGUCCGCACGCCACAUGAGGGAGAUGCUGAAACGCUCCCACUCUCAGUCUGAGCUGGAGCCGUCCCACGGCGUUGGGCCCUGCAGCCCCAGGAGACUCAGAACCAUGGGGGCCUUGUUGAGCCGGCACCGGCUUCAGUUCUCUUCUUCUGGAGGUGCUCCGGAGAAUGAAGCGGUCUAUGUCUACCCUCCCUGGUGAUUUGUCUCGUGGAGAAGUUUGUUCCCUCCCAGACAUCGUUGUGUUGCUUGUUCUUCAACAUGUUGCUAAAUCAGGUUUAACAAAAACAUGCCUACAGUUCAAGUGCAUGAGCAGAAGACAGUUCACAGCUCUGGUUCCUAAUCCGUUUAAUAAUUGUAAUACAUCUGAACGGUGUAAUCUAGCUCUAAAAGUUGCCUAGUUGUAUGUUCUGUUGAACAGAUUGUUCUCCUGGCCU